GCCAAGGAGACGCAAAGUAAACAACUUCGCUUAUUAGAGAGAGCAGUCACAAGCAACUGGCCACUGGAAAGAAUUAUUAAAAAUGGAAUAUAUCGGGAGUAGCUAUGAGGGCGAGCGUAGAAAUAACAGAAUGGAAGGUGCAGGAGUUUAUAUCUUCCCUACUGAUACAAAGUAUGUUGGAGAAAUGAAGGAUGGGAUGUUUCAUGGAAAAGGAACUUUGUUUUUCCCAAGUGGAAGUAAAUAUGAAGCCAUCUGGGAGGAAGGAAAAGCGGUGAAGGGAACUUACACAUUUGCUGACGGACUUGUUUAUAAGGAACGAGAAUGGAAGUACUGUGAUGGAUAUGACAGAAGAUUUUACAAGGAAAUGCUGGAUGGACUAAAACCAGCAGGCCGGUGCCAACUUACAAACAAGGACCCACCUACAGUGAUCCCAGAAGGUUGUUACGAUUGUGGAGAUGGAUUUUAUAACCCUGUUACCAGAGUGGUGAAGGAUUACAACAAUAAAUUUCUCAGAAAUGCAGAUGAUGAUGAACAUGAAUGGAUAGUUCAGAAAUGUCGAAAAGGGUGGGAUGAGGUAACAGGAUACAAGCCUAAACAUUAGAUAAUAUCAGCAUUGUUCCUAUGCAUUUAAAAUUGAACUUUUCUUUAUUGAUCUAGUUCAAAGAUGUACAGUAUAUACUAUUUAAAUUUCACAUAGCAGAUUGUCUGUUCUGAAUACUAAUUGUCCUCUAAAGCACACUCUUUAGAUCUCAUUUUUGUUUACUCAUAUAUUUACACUGCAUUUAGGGUCAAGUAAAAAAGUAACUUAACUUAACUAUAGGAUAUGGAUUCCAGCUAAAAAUGUCUCACAGGAAAAUGUCUUUCUUAUUAAAUUAAUCUUAAGCGAAUAAACUUAUUUUUUGAUUAUGUCACCUUUUGUGGACCUACUUUUGCAUUUUGAGUAAAACCAGAAGUUUGUCUGGAAGAUUCAUAGACUUUGUUUUGUCACAUUUGAUAUUUUUUUCCUUUCUGCUUUUUUUUUGUUUUUUUAAUCUAUGAGUGCUAGGUGAAUUUAUAAUUUCAUUAUACUCCACUAGGGAUGUAAGCAUUCUAAAAGGUGUGCAGCAUUAGAAUUAGCCAAUAAUUUUAUUUUCAGUAAAGAGGUUUCCUUAAAAAUACAUACAGUGCAAAAUUAACAAAAUGCAUUAGAUCAUUAUAGUCAAGCAAAAGUGUAAAGAAUAUUGUCAUAAACUGACAAAUAUUUUCAUAAAAAUUAAUGCCCAACUUUACUGAUUCCUCAGUGGGGUAAUUCAAGUUUAUUAUGUUAAUCAGCAGAUUGAAGGGAAAAACAAUAACUGUACUCCAAUAACUUAAAAGUUCUAUUUUUAGGAUAAAAUAUGUAGUGUUGUUUAAUACACAUUUACUUUAAUGUAGAAAUAACACAAGAGUGUGCCUUAUAUACUUUUGCCAACCUUGUAAAUAAUUUAAAGAUUGUUAAAUUCAUUGCUGAUACUAAUCAAUAAUAACGUAAUAUUCUCACACCCCCCACAUCCAGUUCAGAGUUGUGGAGAGCUGUGGCUUAUGGGAUUAAAAUAGCUCAAAAUCCAUUCAUUGUUUUAUUAUUGCAAAGUUUAUAAUAUUCUUUUAAAAUAAGCUAUUCUUUUUCAUUUUGUACAUUUUGUCUUUGCACAAACAUAUGUAUGGAAGGACACAGAAUUUGUCUGAUUUGUUUUACAAGGAAACGUUUCAGUUGUCUUUUCAUCAUGCCUUUCUCUCAGUUAUUUUAAGAAUAUGAAUUGCAUUCUCUUUAUAAAUUGUACCAAGAAUUUUACCUUUACAUGUUAGUUACUGUUUUUCAAGGAUGGUGUGAUGAGCAAGUUUAUUCUGAAAUUCCAUGUUAUUAAAUGCUGAACAUCUGCAGAAAAAAAUUGUUUAGGUUCUCAAACUAUGUGUGAAGUAUUUCAACAUUAAAUUAUUUUGCUCUGUAAAAAUAAAGCAUUUUAAUUCCCAUUCUAACCAAA